AUGAAAUACUUUAAUUUCACCUCGCCUGGCUCGACCCUCCAGCUGCAGUGUUCCUCCUUCCAGCUCCAGGGGUCCAGGCGAUGCCGGAAGGACUUCCUGCAGGUGACGACGCUCGGCUUCAGCAGGAGGUUCUGCGGGAAGAAGAGCUCCUUUGUCGUCUCGAGGAACAGCAGGCGCAUCAUCACGAGGUUCAGAACCAACGCCAGAGGAUCCAGCCGCGGGUUCUCUUGCUCCGUGUCGGCCUCGGAAUGCGGCGUCGUGAACCGCGUGACCCGAAUCGUGGGCGGCGUCGAGACCGAAGUCAACGAGUACCCCUGGAUGGUGUCCUUGAGGUACAGCGACUCCAUGGAACACAUCUGCGGCGCCUCCGUCCUCGCCGGCGGAUGGGUGCUCACGGCCGCCCACUGCACGGAAUUCUUGAGCGCCUCUGACCUUGUAGUGGUCGUGGGAGACCAUGACGUGACAGCGAACGACGAAACCAGUGCGCAGGCGUUCAACGUUGCCCAGAUCGUCAAUCACCCGAUGUACGACGAUGACACUUUAGACAACGACGUCGCGCUCCUGAGGCUGGCGUCGCAGAUUCAGUUCCCGGAGGACAACACCGUCGGGAGGGUGUGCCUGCCCGAGGCCGGCCAGACGUACGACAGCGUGACGGCCACGGUCUCCGGCUGGGGGACGGUGGCGGAAGACGGCGCCGAUUCCCCGGUGCUGCUCGAGGUGUCCGUGCCGACCCUGUCCAACGCCGAGUGCAACGUGUUCCUGGGCGGCGAGGUCACGGCCAACAUGCUGUGCGCGGGCGUCCCCGAGGGCGGCCGCGACUCCUGCCAGGGCGACUCAGGAGGCCCCCUGGUCACGGAGGAGGGCGGCGAAGUGAAGCAGAUCGGGGUCGUGUCUUGGGGCUUCGGCUGCGGGCAACCCAACAGCCCCGGAGUCUACGCCCGCGUCACCUCCUACCUUUCGUGGAUCAGCUCCUAUGUUACGGAGUGCUAAGGACCUGCUUCCUCUACCUGCUAAUUGCUCUCUGCUGGACAAGACCGCCUGCUUGACAUCAUUGAAUUUCUUGGGCAUCUUAAUUGGUGAAUAAUUAAGAUAAUGGGUUUAUGCUUCAACAUAAUACCACCAUCUUGUUUACGAUUUUUUUGAUGAGACAUCUGUAGGAUACUGUUUUUUUUUUUUCUUUUUGCAUUUGACGUUAAAAGACUAACACUGAAAAUGUUUUUUAUUGCUAAGAAUACUUUGGAAUAUUCCUGGUAAGGUGAAUUAAUUUUCAUCUUGACACUUAAAUAUGACACAUCCUAUUUGUAGAACUUUUGCUAAAAUAUUUUAAAAGGAUGAUUCGGUGUUCUGUAGCUAUGAACUAAA